AUGGCGGCCUCAGCCCUUUUGAAGAGCCGUAUUCGGCGUCCUUCUUACUUGAAGAAGCUUGCGCAGCCUGAGGACCUUAUCCACCAUUUCCCCAGUGGCGCCUACAUCGGCUGGUCCGGUUUCACUGGUGUUGGAUACCCUAAGAUGGUCCCUACCGCACUUGCCGAUCACGUCGAGAAGAACAACCUCCAAGGCCAAUCGAAAUACACUCUGUUCGUCGGAGCUUCCUCCGGCGCAGAGACCGAGAACCGUUGGGCAAAGCUGAACAUGAUUGAGCGCCGCAGUCCUCACCAGGUCGGAAAGGAGAUUGCCAAGGGAAUCAACAAUGGACAAAUCAAGUUCUUCGAUAAACAUUUGAGCAUGUUUCCCUCGGAUUUGGUCUAUGGCUACUACACAAAGGACAGGCCGACCAACAAGAUCGACGUCGCCGUUAUCGAAGCCUCUGCCAUCACAGAAUGCGGUGGUAUUAUUCCCGGUGCCUCGGUCGGCGCCUCGCCUGAGUUGAUUCAGAUGGCCGAUAAGGUCAUUAUUGAGCUUAACACCUCCAUGCCUUCUUUCGAGGGUUUGCACGAUAUCGUCGGCUCCGAUCUGCCUCCGGGCCGCAAGCCAUACCUCAUCAUGGCACCGGAGGACCGCAUCGGAAAGCCAUUCAUCCCCGUUGACCCCGAGAAGGUCGUUGCCGUCGUGGAAUCCACCUACCCCGACCAGACUCAGCCCAACUCCCCUGAAGAUGAGGGCUCCCAAGCCAUCGCCUCCAACCUGAUUGAGUUCCUCAAGCACGAGGUCAACCACGGUCGCCUUCCCAAGAACCUCCUUCCCAUUCAAUCCGGCAUCGGUAACAUUGCCAACGCCGUCGUCGGAGGUCUCGCCAAGGGCGGUGCCGACUUCAAGAACCUCAAGGUCUGGACUGAGGUUCUGCAAGACUCCUUCCUCGACCUCUUCGACAGCGGAAACCUGGACUUUGCCACUGCUACUUCCAUCCGUUUCUCCCCCGACGGUUUCAAGCGUUUCUACGAUAACUGGGAGCAAUACGCCGACAAGCUCCUCCUCCGUUCCCAGCAGGUUUCCAACAGCCCCGAGAUCAUCCGUCGUCUCGGAUGUAUCGGAAUGAACACCCCUGUCGAAGUGGACAUCUACGCCCACGCCAACUCCACCUGUGUCAUGGGCUCCCGCAUGCUGAACGGUCUUGGUGGUUCCGCCGAUUUCCUGCGUAACUCCAAGUACUCCAUCAUGCACACCCCGUCUACCCGGCCUAGCAAGACCGACCCCACCGGUGUCAGCUGUAUCGUUCCUUUCGCUACCCACAUUGAUCAGACCGAGCAUGAUCUCGACGUUAUCGUCACUGAGCAGGGUCUUGCCGAUGUCCGUGGUCUGUCGCCCCGUGAGCGUGCCCGUGUUAUUAUUAAGAAGUGCUCGCACCCUGAUUACUACCCCAUUCUCACUGAUUACCUGGAUCGUGCGGAGUUUGAGUGCUUGCGCAAGGGUAUGGGCCACGAGCCGCACAUGCUCUUCCAGGCUUUCAAGAUGCACCAGAACCUCCAGGAGAAGGGUACCAUGAAGAUUGACUCUUGGGAGUAA